AUUCUAACAUGAAGUCCAGCUUAAUUGUCACCUGUUAAGAACUAGAAAGCAGGAGAAAAUACCAAGAAGCUCUCAGCUUCCUUUUCAAACUUCAAUUCUUGUUGAUUUUUUUUCCAUUUUUUCUAGAACCCUUUUUUCUAGAAUGUGCAAAAAUUGGAUUUUUUUUAGUUUGAGGUUAAUGGGUAUCCUCAAUCAUGCAGAAAUUCAUAAACAAAUGAUUGUGAAAAAAAAUAUUUUCUUUUUUACAAACUUGGGUUAUUCUUUUGUUAUUUUCAGUAAUAUUCUCCAGUGGUUUGCUUUAUUUUCUGGCCAGCACUGGCCACAAGCAUAGAUUCUUUCUCUGUGAGAGUCCAGAGCCCUCUCUCUUAGCUGUGCGGCUUAGGAGAAUGGAUGAUUGUGCUCUGUUUUCUCUGUUUUGAUUCUCUCUGUUCAUAAAGGUUUCAUGCUUUUGUCUUUGUCUUUACUUCUCCUUUUGAUGGAUACCCUUCUAGGCGGUUGCAGAAACUCUUCAUAGUCAUUGAAGUUUCAGUAGGUGGGGGAGUGCUUUGAACAGUUUUCCAAGCAGCAAAAUGAGUCAUGCACAUCCCCACAUGGGUUCUGGUAGUAGAACUGCUCGAAGAGCUUUUGAGUUUGGGAAGACACAUGUAGUGAGGCCUAAAGGAAAACAUCAAGCCACUAUUGUUUGGCUGCAUGGCCUUGGUGAUAAUGGUUUGAGCUCAUCUCAAUUGCUGGAAUCUCUUCGACUUCCAAAUAUAAAAUGGAUUUGCCCAACUGCUCCUACCCGUCCUGUGGCAUUACUUGGUGGUUUUCCCUGCACUGCAUGGUUUGAUGUGGGAGAACUUUCAGAAGAUGGUCCCGAUGACUGGGAGGGUUUAGAUGCUUCAGCAGCACAUAUUGCUAAUUUAUUGUCAACGGAGCCAGCUGAUGUAAAAGUUGGCAUUGGAGGCUUCAGCAUGGGUGCAGCAAUAUCACUAUACUCUGCAACAUGUUUUGCCAUGGGAAGGUAUGGAAAUGGCAUCCCAUACCCUGUCAACUUAAGAGCAGUUGUUGGACUAAGUGGCUGGCUUCCAGGAUCAAGGAGCUUAAGGAACAAGAUAGAAGUGUCACAUGAAGCAAGAAGGCGAGCAGCUUCAUUGCCCAUUUUGCUGUGCCAUGGAACGAGUGAUGAUGUAGUCCUCUGCAAAUAUGGAGAGAAAUCUGCUCAAUCCUUAAGUUCAGCAGGGUUUCGAUACAUUGCAUUCAAAUCCUAUGAAGGGCUUGGUCAUUACACAGUUCCUAGAGAGAUGGAUGAGAUUUCCACCUGGCUUAGUUCAAGGCUAGGGCUUGAUGGAACCUCGUAAAUGACAAAAUCAUCAUCAAUCAGACAGAGCAUGCCUGUGGAAGGAGCAAUAACAGGGAAUGAGGUGUCCACUUAGCACAUGCAGCUGCACAUGUACAAGUAGGUAGAUCAUGGAAUGGUUUGGGGGUAUAUAAUAUAAUCAAUAGGAGGAGGAUUCAUUUUCUGGGUCCCUUUUUGUCAUGUUCCUGAGUCAUAAAGAUCUGAAUGUGUUUUCUUUUAUAAGUAUUCCUCUCAUUAUAUUAUUAUUAUUGUAGAAUCUAGGGACUGCCUCAGUUGUCCUAUUGGAGAGAUCUUUAGUAUUUUUUAUGAUUGUUGUAACUAAGCAUGGAACUUGGCCUCCUUAUUUUUCAAUUUCAAGAGAGAUAUAUCUAAAAA